UCAUUUGUCAAAUUUAAAUUAAUAUUUUCUAGGUUUCAACUUUUAAAGCGGGAAAAUUUGCUGAAAGCAAAUAUUGUUGUAUUAAUAUUUAUCCCAAAUACCUUUUAUUGAACGUAAUUUAAAGGCGUAAAAUGUCAACAAGAAGUAAAAGAGCCAAAGAGGCUGCACAAACUAAUAAAGUCAUCUAUAAAAGAGUCGAGAAUUCAUGGGUGUUAUUGGUUAGAGAUUCUUUGUUGGAAAACAACAAUUUCAGUAUUGUAACUCUUCCUCACCCAGCACAUAGUCAACCAUCAAAGUAUUGCCUGGAUGAUAAUCAGAAAAAGAUUUUUGAAGUGGUGACGUUCAAGGAGCCCCACCGAUCUUGGUUUAUUGGAGACACAGUCAAAUCAGAUGGAAGUCUGCAAAUAUUAACUCCCAUUAAUCCUUUAUUUUUAGUAUUACCUCGGUUAAGAGAACAGUGUAGUGAUAAAGCUAUACCUUUGGAAGAUCUUUUAUCAGAAAAAGGAUUCAACAGGAUUUUAGAUUAUGUGCCACAGAUGGAUUCCAUAGCUGAUCUGAAGGGUCCACCAGAUUUAAAAGCUUAUAAAUACAAUGAAGAAAAAACUUUGAAUUGGCUUGAGGAGAGAGUUCGUAAAUUAUCUGGUGUACUGCGUGAGAAGAAUAUUCAUGUGACAUCUGGAGCCGUAUCUGCAACAUUUGUUACUAGUAAAUUGGAAAAUGAUAAUAUUGAUGAAGAAUUUUAUUUAAGGUAUGCUCAUGGUGUUAUAUCAGAAUACAUACAAGAUGACUUGAUGCAAAGUUUAGAAAAAAGGUUUAAUUUCAAACCUGAAUUAAUUGAGACAAUAGGACAUAAACGCAAAUCUGAAGAGGAAAGUGACUCAAAGAAAGAGGUGAAAAAAAUAAAACGGGAAAAAUCUGAAGCUGUCAGUACUAAUGAAUUAGCUUACAGCCAAGUAUCUCCGGAAGUAAAAAAACCAAAAACUUUAACAUCCAAAGAAAAGGCAAGACAAAAAGCUGCUAGUGGCACGAAAACCAUUUCAUCGUUUUUCAUGAAAAAAUAAUCAAUACAAAAACAUAUUAUUAUACAUAUAAAAUAAAUUAAGUAUGAGGAGAACCAACAA